CCGAAGUCGAGGCAAGUCUCUGUUUCUCUCACAGAAAAUACAAACUGAAUUCAUCAGAUCCUUCUCAACAACACAGCAGAGUUUCUAACUCACUGGUGUUAAUAUGGCUGCUGCAAACUAUCUGCAAGCUGAAGAUCAGUUUCUCUGCUCCAUCUGUCUGGAUGUGUUCACUGAUCCAGUCACAACAUCAUGUGGACACAACUUCUGUAAAACCUGCAUCACUGAACACUGGGACAGAAGUGACUGGUGCCAGUGUCCAAUGUGUAAAAAAGAGUUCUACACAAGACCUGAGCUGCACGUUAAUACUUUCAUCUCUGAGAUGGUCGCUCAGUUCAGACAGUCAGCUCAACAGGAAGCCAGCAGCAGCAGCUCAGAGCAACAAGUCUUCAAACCAGGAGAAGUUCCCUGUGACGUCUGCACUGAAACCAAACUGAAGGCCCUGAAGUCCUGCCUGGUGUGUCUGACCUCCUACUGUGAGACUCACCUGGAGCCUCAUCUGACAGCUUCAAGCCUGAAAAGACAUCAGCUGAUCGACCCUGUGGAGAACCUGGAAGACCGGAUGUGUCCGAAGCACGAUAAACCUCUGGAGCUGUUCUGUAAGACCGACCAGACAUGUGUCUGCAUGCUCUGCACUGUUUCAGAACACAAGAUGCAUGAUGUGGUUCCUCUCAAAGAAGGAUAUGAAGGGAAGAAGGCCGCGCUUGAUGUUCAAAUUCAGCAGAUGAUCCAAAAGAGACAACAGAAAAUUCAGGAGAUCAAACACUCAGUCAACCUCAGUGAAAAAGAAGCAGACAGAGAGAUAGUAGAAGGUGUUCAGGUCUUCACUGCUCUGAUGGAGUCUGUUGAGAGAGGACUGAACAAACUCAUGGAUACGGUCAAAGAGAAGCAGAAAACAACUGAAAAACAGGCUGAAGGUUUUAUCAAAGACCUAGAACAGGAAAUCUCUGAGCUGAAGAAGAGAAUCACUCUGAUGGAGCGUCUCUCACACUCUGAAGACCACCUUGAUCUUCUCCAAAGCUUUCCAUCCUUGAAAGUUGCUCUACAAACCAAAGACUGGACAAAUGUCAGCAUCCGUCCAUCAUCACAUGAGGGGACUGUGGUGAGAGCUGUGGUUCAGCUGGAGGAGACUUUCAGUAAAGAGAUGAAGAAGCAGAUUGAAGCUGAGCUGAAGAGGGUCCAGAGGUAUGCAGUGAAUGUGACUCUUGAUCCUGAUACAGCACAUCCUGAACUCAUCCUGUCUGAUGAUGGGAAACAAGUGAGUCAUGGUGAUGUAACAAAGAAUCUCCCAAACAACAAAGAGAGAUUUUCUUACUGUAAUUGUGUUUUAGGAAAGCAGAGUUUCUCUUCAGGCAAAUUUUACUUUGAGGUUCAAGUUAAAGGAAAGACCGAGUGGGAUUUAGGAGUGGCCAGAGAGUCGAUCAACAGGAAGGGAGAUAUCACACUGAGCCCAGUAGAUGGUUUCUGGAUUAUAUGGUUGACAAAUGUAAAUGAGUACGAAGCUCUUGAUGAUCCUCCAGUCCUUCUCUCUCUGAAGUCUCGGCCUCAGAAGGUGGGGGUGUUUGUGGAUUAUGAGGAGGGUCUGGUCUCCUUUUAUGACGUAGAGACUGCAGCUCUUAUCUACUCCUUUACUGGCUGCUCCUUCAACGGGAAAAUCUACCCAUACUUCAGCCCCGACUGUAAUUACGGCGGUACAAACUCAGCACCUCUUGUCAUCUCUACGCCGGUCAAGGUUCUCAGAUUGCCGAAGAUCAAGAGAAUCCGAGGAACAAAGGAAAAUGUAAGCUGCCGUUGAAAUAGGGAAUCUCCACACAGAAGAGCAAGUUUUCGCUGGCGAGUUCAAACCCAAAACCUUCUUUGUGUGAAAAUGACAACCGCAUCACCCUACCGCCCAGAGAUAAAAAUGUACCACAGUGGAAAUUGAGUGGAAAAAGAAACGCUGCAAAAUAUCUUGAUGUAUAGCCAUAGACUAGGGCUGCACGAUAUUGAAAAAAACGGACAUUGCGGUUUUUUGUUCCCCUGCAAUAUAUAUUGCGUUUUUUUUAACCGGUUAAGCCCCAAGGUCCCGGCGGGUACUUUACUUUUUUUUUCACGACACUGUGUCUCAGGGGAUCUUAAUAUUUAAGAACCUAUUAAUGUGUUAUACCAGA